GCGAGCGAGAGGGAGGCCGGGACCGGGAUGCGCGGUGGUGUCCGCAGCGGCGAUCCGGGCUGAGACAUCUCCUUGUGAGCGGACGGAAAAGGUGACGGGCAGCAUGUGUGAGGUGGCCUGGCAAGGACGUCCCGCAAGUCGGGCGGAGUUGUCCGGAAGCUGACGAGAUACUUGCUGUGUAAAUGAGGCAGCUGUCGUGACGUCAACAAUGAUGCUGCUCUGACUUCCUCCUUGUAUCUUGAAACCAAGUGGAACUUGCGUACAAUCAGGGUACGUAGCUGCAAACUUAACAUCCCUGGUUUUCCCUAUCAACUUGAGAGAUGCCAUUUGGUAGAGGAACGUGAAAGAGUGCAUUGCACAGAUGUACACAAGCUAUAUUAAUGAAUCACGUGCUCUGAGAUUUCACAGACAGUCCUUGGAUUAUUUUUAAUUCGUGGAAGGACUUUGCAUAAAACAAGAUGCUUAUCAAGGAAUACCACAUCCCUCUUCCCAUGAGUGUUGAGGAGUAUCGUAUUGCACAACUCUACAUGAUACAGAAAAAGAGCAGAGAAGAGACUUCUGGAGAAGGGAGUGGUGUGGAAAUCCUUGAGAACCGGCCGUAUAAUGAUGGUCCAGGUGGUUCUGGACAGUACACCCGCAAAGUGUAUCAUAUUGGUAUGCACAUCCCUAGCUGGUUCAGGUCUAUUUUACCAAAAGCUGCAUUGCGUGUUGAAGAGGAGUCCUGGAAUGCCUACCCCUAUACCAGAACAAGAUACACUUGCCCCUUUGUGGAGAAGUUUUCCAUUGAUAUUGAAACAUAUUAUAAACCUGAUUCAGGUGAACAGGCCAACGUAUUUAACCUUUCAACUGCUGAAAAAAGACAGAGGAUGAUUGAUCUGAUUGAUAUUGUCAAAGACCCCAUUCCACCUAAUGAAUACAAAACAGAAGAGGACCCUAAAUUGUACAAGUCUUUCAAGACAGGAAGGGGGCCUCUAUCUGAUAACUGGAUACACGAAUGCAAGAAUAAGCCCGGAAAAAUGCCAAUUAUGUGUGCGUACAAACUCUGUAAAGUAGAGUUUCGAUACUGGGGAAUGCAGUCCAAAAUAGAGCGAUUCAUCCAUGAUGUGGGUUUAAGAAAAGUCAUGCUGAGAGCCCACCGCCAAGCAUGGUGUUGGCAGGAUGAAUGGUAUGGCCUGACCAUGGAGGAUAUCCGGCGACUGGAGCGUGAAACACAACUCAUGCUGGCUCAGAAAAUGGCCCAGUUCAUGGCACAGUUCAAUUUAAACAACAGUGAGCCCGAGCAAACUGGUCCAACUCAUUCCUCCAAUGAAAGAGAUCAUGACAUCAGCAAUUCUCUCAUCAGCCCAGAGCCUGACAGUGCCAAUGUGAAGGACUACAGUGACUCGUUAACGGAAAGAUCACUAACAAAACAGUGGUCCACAUCAUCCAAAUCAUCACGUUCUUCAAAGAGAGGAGCCAGCCCUUCACGUCACAAUAUAGCAGACUGGCGAAUGCAGAGUAUUGCUCGAGAUUCUGAUGACAGCUCUGAUGAUGAAUUCUUUGACGCACAAGAAGAUUUUUCAGACAAUGAGGAGACCUUGCCUCAAGAAAUCACAAGGUGGAAUUCAAAUGAUCUUAUUGAUAAAAUUGGAGCAGGUGAAGCGGAGCAGGGCCAAAGUGACAUGUACCAAGGACAGUUAACAGAUUGUGUUCCUACCAGUGCUGAGCAGCUCAAUUAUAUUGAGAUGCACGUUAAAAAUAAGAGUGUCAGUACCUGUAUUCCACAGAUUACAGUUACAAGUGUUCCAACAGAGGGCGCAUCACAGCAGCCUCUGCAGGCCUGCAAGAUUCAUGUCCUUGUCCUCGUUCUGCACGGUGGCAACAUCCUGGACUCUGGUAGUGGAGACCCAACCUCCAAGCAGGCUGAUGUCAACACCAUAACUUCUGUCUUUGACACGGUGAUGAGAGUACACUUCCCUGCAGGCCUAGGUCACAUAGCAGUCAAGCUGGUUCCUUGCCCAGCCAUCUGCUCAGAAGCCUUUUCACUGGUAUCAAACCUCAGUCCCAUGAACUCUGAUGAAAGCUGUUUGUCAAACAGCCAAGAUCACAUUCCACUGGCUGCACUUCCUUUGUUGGCAACAUCAUCUCCUCACUACCAGGAGGCAGUUGCUACGGUGAUUUUCAGAGCAAAUCAGGUGUACAGUGAUUUUAUCAAAUCUCAGGAGGGUGUCUCCUUUAGUGGCCAGGUAUGUUUGAUUGGAGAUUGUGUUGGGGGAGUCCUGGGAUUUGAUGCCCUCUGCUUCAGUAAUCAGACAGUCUCCGAGAGCCAGAACAGUAGCAGGAGAGGCAGUGUUGUGAGUGUGCAGGACAAUGAUCUAUUAUCUCCUGGUAUAGUUGUCAACAACAGCUGCAUGUGCAGUGCUUCCAACCUGGAAACCAGCAGGCAUCUCAGUAGAAGCAAUAUUGACAUUCCUCGAAGCAGCAUGGAUAAUCCAAAUAAACAGCUGCCAAGAAAGAGAAGUGAUUCUUCAACAUAUGAGCUUGACACAAUUAAACACCACCAGGCUUUUCUUUCAAGUUUGCAAUCUAGUGUGUUAAAGAAUGAUCCUGGGUCGAGGCGAUCUAGUGGUUCAACCAUGCUCGAAGGAGUAAACCCUGGAAAGUUUGAAUUUGAAGUGACUGACUUCUUUCUGUUUGGCUCCCCCUUGGGACUGGUCCUGGCAUUGAGGAAGACAGUGAUUCCCAGCUUGGAUGUCUCCCAGUUGAGACCAGCAUGUCAACAGGUUUACAAUCUCUUCCACCCAGCGGAUCCUUCAUCUUCCCGCUUGGAGCCACUUCUGGAGAAGAAAUUCCACCUGCUCCCACCAUUUAAUGUUCCCCGUUAUCAGAGAUUUCCACUGGGUGACGGCAGUUCUGUUCUUCUGGUUGAGACAAUCCAGAACAACCCCACCCUCAUCCUGGAAACUCCAUUUGUGACUCUCCAACAACAGGAGAGUGUAAUAGAAACUAGUAUUCCUGUUCCUGUCCUUAACUGGCAAGAUGGUUCCAGUAGGAAUCCAACUUUUGCAGAGUCAGAUGUUAUUCAGUCUCACGCUGGCAUCCUCAUGGAAAGUUCAUCGCCAUCCUCCCCCUUAACAGCCCCAGUUUUCCGGGGAUUCCGGAGGGCAAGUGAAGUCAGCAUUGCCAGUCAGGUGUCAGGAAUGGCAGACAGUUACACAGCUUCCAACAUAGCGAACAAGCAAAAUUAUCACCUAAACAAUUGCAAAAAGUUGGCUUUCUUGUUCAAAUUUAUCCCAUACAACAAAGCCCUUGCAAAAUACACUUUCUCUCAGGACUAUAAUCAGCCUGAACCCAUGCUGUCACAGAAUCAGAAUGAGCAAAAGCUGAAACAGAAUUGUGUGAAUUCUGCUGCAAAACAGAGUCCAGCACAAGAGAGAGUCUCAGAGGUGGACAUCCAGACAGUUGCAGCAAGGUGGUGGGGAGCAAAGAGGAUUGACUAUGCUCUGUACUGCCCAGAUGCUCUAACAGCUUUUCCAACUGUAGCCUUACCUCAUCUAUUUCAUGCAAGUUAUUGGGAGUCAACAGACGUUGUUUCAUUCCUAUUGCGACAGGUAAUGAGACAUGAAAAUGCAAGUAUUCUGGAACUGGAUGGGAAAGAGGUUUCUGUAUUUAGUCCUUCAAAACCACGUGAAAAGUGGCUUCGCAAGAGGACACAAGUUAAAAUACGGAAUGUUACAGCGAAUCACCGUGUCAGUGAUGUUAUUGUUACUGAAGAUGGUCCUCAGACACUGACUGGGAGGUUUAUGUACGGGCCCCUAGACAUGGUUACACUAACAGGUGAAAAGGUGGACAUUCAUAUUAUGACUCAGCCUCCUGCAGGAGAGUGGGUUUAUUUUGAUACUGAUAUUACAAACAGCAGUGGCAGGAUUUCCUACGUCAUCCCAAAGGACAAAAGACUGGGAAUCGGUGUCUAUCCAGUAAAAAUGGUGAUUAGAGGAGAUCAUACAUCUGGAGAUAGCUAUAUAACUGUUCUGCCAAAAGGAACAGAGUGCGUGGUGUUUAGUAUUGAUGGAUCAUUCGCAGCCAGUGUCUCCAUUAUGGGCAGUGAUCCCAAGGUCAGAGCUGGAGCAGUCGAUGUUGUAAGACACUGGCAGGAUCUUGGCUACUUCAUUAUAUAUGUAACAGGCCGUCCCGAUAUGCAGAAGCAAAGAGUGGUGGCUUGGCUGGCUCAGCAUAACUUCCCCCAUGGAAUUGUUUCCUUUUGUGAUGGACUUGUCCACGACCCUCUCAGGCACAAAGCCAAUUUCCUGCGUAGCCUCGUGCAAGAUGUGUCCAUGAAGAUUCAUGCGGCAUACGGAUCCACAAAAGAUAUUUCAGUUUACAGUUCGCUCGGCUUAUCACCAUCACAGAUCUACAUUGUAGGCCGCUCAUCUAAAAAGUACCAGCAGCAAUGUCAGUUUUUAUCAGAUGGGUAUGCAGCACAUCUAUCCCAGCUGGAGUAUAGCCAUCGAUCUAGUCCUGCUAAAAGUAAUUCCAGAAUGGUACUGCGCAAGGGCAGCUUUGGGCUACCUGGGCAGACAGACUUCCUGAGGAAACGGAACCACCUGCUGCGCACUAUCUCCAGCCACCAAACGGCAUCCACCGCCCAAAAGCCUGAGCGGACACAUAGCCAGUCUGACAAUGAGCGUGAUCGAGAUAAGGAGCGUAGUCAAAGGAGCAUGAGCAUCACAGCGGGAUGCUGGGGUCGCACAGGCAUGUCAAAACUGGAAUCUGGUGUUUAACAGAAGGUGCAAGACUCUGGGAGGAGGUGGCAAGUUGGCUUCAGGGAAAUGGGUCAGCAUAACAAAUGAAAUAUCUGCUGCUGGCAUAAGCAUUGAAGCAAGCACUGCGGGUAAAAUGGGUGCCAUGGUGCUAAUGAAAAGAUACUGAAGGUGAAAAUUCAUUGUAUUUGGUGUGAACUGCAGGCCUUAAUGCAGUGUUGCAUUUGUGGAACACUAGCUGAAAAGUUAACCUUCUCUUAGUCAUAGAGACAUAAUUCAAACUUUUAGACCCUGCUUAAUUCUGCAUCUUUUCUAUUCAGGGUGUGGCGAUGAAUACUGUAAAUAUCCAUGCCUCCUAUCCACAAUAGCUUCUGAUAAGUUUAACUCACUAGGUUUCUGUUGCGGACCUGAAAUUUACCAAUGUUUUCUUGAAAUUCAGCAGGAACAUAUGUAAGAUUAGCUGUGAUUUUUCACGCAGUUUAACUUUAUUAGCUUGAUACUGUAAAACCUCAGUUUUUGCACUGAUUACUGUUAGAUUGGAAUUCUGUUACCAUUUUGUGUCAUUGCAUCAUCCCUCGAAGUGCAUGAUAGGAACUUCACAUUAAUAUCAGAAUAAUCCUCUUGUGUGUAGGUUGUAAACUUGUGAGGAUUCAAUCUAAGGCAUUUUGCCAAAUUGCCCAAAAUUGCAGAUUAAAAUUAUCCAUAUGGAAAAGUUGGCCGUGUUUAAGAAAAACUUGGUUUGUUGAACGACAAUAAGAAAUGUAAUAGCAUCCAAAGGAGCAGAAUCAUUUUUGCAGUGACGAAAGAUUGAUUAUAAAUUAGAUCUUUUGCUAAACAUUCGAUAAAUGCAAUUGGAAUUGGUGCUUCUGUGAUGAUCUGUUUCAGUGAUUUAGUUUAAAAGUCUGUUGACAGUUGAAUUUGCAUCGCUGCUACGCAGAGGAGAUGAGAAUCUAAUUCGAGCACAGACUGUAAUUCCCACUUGAAGCAGGAGGAAGAAUGCAGCAUGUGAUUAAAAUGUGUGAUGAAAAUUCUAGUGUUGGUCCUUAGAGUUUAAAUGAUGGUCAUUUGUCAAGUAUGCACUGACCCAGAGGGUCGAGAACAAGUGUUGUAAUUUUGUUAUUACAGUGCCAGAUGGCGAUAGGUUAAAGAAAGUAUGAACAGAAGAUGUGAACAAAGAUGCUAAGUUGACAGUUCUUUUAGCUUCCAUCUGUUUUAUAGACAGAUUAAUUUUCUGUUCAUUAAAUAAGACUUUUUUGCAUAUUCACAUUGUCAGAUUAUUUUACAAGUGCUGCAUGACAAAUAACCUUGGUCUUAUUCGAGCUGACUCAAGAAAACUACUAUUAAGUACCGGUGAUGCUCGCGUGUAUAUAAAAUAUACAUCAGAUACAAAUGAGUUCUGCAUUGCUACAGAUUUUUAAUACAGUUGAUGUAAGUCAUUUGUUGGGAUCAUGUUUUUAAAUAUAGGUCAACCCAUGUGCUUCCGAUAACAAAAGCUUGAGUAGUUCGGGUUGAUAGUUUAUUUUCAGUUGUCACAUUUUGGUGUGUGCAUUGUUUAUGUUGGGGUGAGGCUUGAGGGCAGAACUGAAAGUCUUUAAUCACUCUCCAGUCUUUGAAAAUACCUGACUCUCAAUUUUACUUUAAAGGAGGAGAAAGAGCUAACCUCAGCAUUCCUCACAACAACACUACAGGUAAUCAGAGUGCCCAAUUCACUAAGCCAGUUCACUGAGUAGCUUCCUGAUAAUUUGUCAGGAAUAUAAAUUAUCCCUCUUUCAUCAUUGGUAUCUGCAGUACUCAAUAUCUGCAUGCCCACCUCUACCCAGUACUACUUUGAAAAACACUCGCCAGGAGGCAACUGAGUGAGUUUGAUGGAACUCUCCUUCCUAAACUCUCUAAUGUGUGGGGGAGGGGAGGGAUCUAAUUGUGCUCAGGAUUCUUUUGCACCUUUCUGUACUGCAACACUAUGUUCUUCCAAAUUGCUAUGACUGCACGUAUUUUCACCUAAAUUAGGAACUGUUCCAGGUGGGUGAAUAAGUAAUAUUUUCCUGUUACUGAAAGGUUUGUCCAUUUAUUUAGUAUCGGAUGCUGUUACAUACAACUAUCCAGGUCGAUCUAGUUAAUCAUUAAAAGGCAAUUAGAAUGGAGAUGAUUUUUGGCAAAUCCCAAAACUCAGCAUGCAAGAAAGGUAAACAAUAUAACAGAUGCACCACAUAGAGGGAUGUUGGAAAUGUUCUGUAAUAAUAUGUGUAGAUAAUGUAAAGCAAGAUAUGUAAAUGUAGGUCUAAAUAAGGCAAGAGGUAUUUAUUUGUGUAGAUAAAUUGCAGGAGUUGACAAAUCCUUCAUAUUUUAUUAAUAUUUGAAACUUUGAAUUUUGUUUUGAACAUUACAUAUGAAAAGUUAUUUUAUGGACCAAGAAGAAUUUUACUGCCAUUGCACAAGUGCAAUACACAACCACUAUUCAUAAUUGGUAAUCAUGGCAUUGACAAUCAAUGUAAUGGGUGGAUUGGAAUAAGUGUGACCUUUUGGUGACUCCCAGCUAAAACAUCCAUUCUUUUCCCUCCUAUGAGGUAUGGAACUUGGUACCUUGAGUUUCAGAAUAUGGACCUGAUUUUUUAUACUGGAAUAGAAUUUACAAUGCAGUGUGCUAGUGUGGCAACCAAAGCUGCCAAGAUGUGCCCUACUGAAUAAACCCUGAACUGCAUGCAUUUCACAUUGGGUAGUAACUUGCUUUGCUUCCAAUUACAAACAAAACCUUUUGUAAUUGGUUACUUCCCCUGAUUAAUUUGAGAUGUUGAUAUUUUCAUUCUGAAUCUGUUAGACCCUUGUUUGAAGCUGCAGAAUUCCAUUGGUCCCAGAGCUGAGGCAAAUGCCAAAUAUCGUUUUGCGUUUAGAUUUCAAUCUGAAGCAGAGAAAUAUCUGAGGCCCUGAUCAGAAUUUACUUAAAUUUCCUCACAUCCCUUCUCUACAAGGCAGGCAUUGAUCUCAUGGUGUCAUCAUGAUUUGUGCAAUGUUUUGGAAGUAUGCUCUGAAUCUCCAUUAACUGUUGGAGGUGGUGGACGUGCUUUGCUAAGAACUCAUCAGCGAUGUAUACCCAGAUCUCCACCAUCAAACAUAUGAGAUUCAAGAGGCUAUUGUAGUAUUACCAGCAGGUCAACAGCCUUGGUAGCAGAUAAAGCCAAUUAAAUUUCUCGGCACUCCUACAUAAUGCAAUUACCAAUUUGUAAUUCUGGUUAUUGACACAAAUUAUAGCACAUAUCUCAGAAAAUCUUGUGGAAAAAUAUAAUUCCAGGGUACGAAGCCUAUUUAUUACAUUGAUAUUUUGAUUUCAGGCCAUGUAAAGUUGUCGAUGACACAGAGGGUUAAUCACAGAAUCACACGCUUGCUUUAAAAAUGCAGUUAGCUAUUCAGUAUUGACUGACAUUUAUUUCAGCCUCAGACUGAUUUUACUUACAGUAAACUUAGAUACAGCAUUGCUGCAGAAAUAGCUCUCUGGCCAAAGCUCAGAAGUAAUUUCAUGCUGUGCUGAGCAAUGCAUAGUAGACAAACACAAUGGUACAGGUUUCUAGUGCACUGUACAACUCACCAAAGGGUCACUAAUAAAUCCAGCUCCACCCUUCACAAGCGUGUGAACAUUUGGUCAUCUUGCUGAUGAAAGGUAAGACAACUUGCUGCAUUUAAGCAUUAGCUGCUGAAGCCUCACAUCCAUUGUUCUGUGCAAAAUCCAUGGAUAUAUUGAUAACUUUGACAAUAAUUUUUUUAUUCAGAAGUGUUUGUUAUAUUUUAUUUAUAGAAAUGUUACAUGUAAACACAAGUUAAAUAUCACAACUGAAAACUGUGUACAAUUUGUUCAACUUGUUAAAUAGCUGAACACCCUAAAUUAAUUAAAGACUAUAUUAGAUUUAAGCUGCUGCCAUGGGUCUCCAUUCCUUAGAUUUUGGUUCGUUGUCUGUAGAGAGAGAGACCUUUUACAAUCUGUUCACUUGUAUGUAAACACUCCACACAUGCACAAAUUUCUACUUCUGAUUGCUGUCAUGCAUUGUUAUGCCUGGGUGUGCUUUUGUGGACAAUUGUGUGUUAUAUGGAUUAAAUGAAAUUGGGACAGCGUUAAA